AUGGUAUCAUCUGAAACAUCAUGUACAAUAAUUGGUGGAAGUUUAAUUAUUCUACUUAUUGCUGGUUAUUUUGGGCAACAAUUUUUACCAGCACCUAAACCAAAAAUAAUCGGUUUUGAUUUAGGUACAACUUAUUCAUGUGUUGGAAUGUAUCAUGCAAUAAGUGGUUUAGUAGAAAUAAUUCCUGCACAACGUAAUCGUUCAUGUAUGCCAUCGAUUGUGUCAUUUUUACCCAAUGGAACAGUUCUAUUAGGUUACGAUGCAUUUGAUCAUCUUGAAACAAAUCAAAAAUAUACAAUUUAUGAUGCGAAACGUUUUAUUGGUAAACAAUUUUCCAUUGAAUCCAUUAGAAAAAUACAAAAUGAUUAUCCAUUUGAAUUAAUACGAAAUGAUAAUGGUUAUGUUGAAUUUGUUGUAUCAGAAAAUGGUACACGAGUAACACCACAAAAGAUUGGUUCAUUAUUAUUAAAACAUUUAAAAGAAAUUGCUGAAAAACAUUUAAUGGUAACAAAAAUCAAGCUUUGCGUUUUAAGUGUACCAGCUGAAUUUAAUGAAGAACAACGUCAAACAACAAAACAAGCAGCAGAACUGAUUGGAAUUAAAGUUGAAAGAAUUAUAUCUGAGCCAACAGCAGCUGCUUUAGCUUAUGGAAUUCAUAAACGUAAUAAUGUACGUUAUGUUUUAGUUAUUGAUAUUGGUGGUGGUACAACUGAUGUUAGUCUACUAUCUGUACAAGGUGGAAUGUUUUCAACACAAGCAAUGGCUGGCAAUAAUCGUCUCGGCGGACAAGAUUUUAAUCAAAAUUUAUUCAAUUAUAUUUUAACAUUGAUUAAUGAUAAUCAUAAAAGAACGGAUCCAAAUUUUUUACAACAUUUAAGAAUCGAAGUUGAAAAAUGUAAACUUGAUUUAUCUGUAUCAAAUCAAUGUACAAUUAAUGCAAAAUGGAUUAUAACUAGAGAAUUAUUUGAAGAAAUUAAUCAAGAUCUAUUUAAAAAAAUUAUCGAACCCUUAGACAGAAUAUUUGCUUAUAUUAAUUCAGAUAUGAAUGACGAUGAUGAUGAUGAUGCAAGUAAUAAAUUAACAGUAAAUAAUAUAGACGAAAUUGUGCUCGUCGGUGGUUCAACUAGAAUGUUAAAAAUUAGGCAAUUAAUAGAAGAUUAUUUUCAUAAAAUGCCAAAUAUUGAGAUUGAUCCUGAUGUUGCUGUUACACAUGGAGUAUCUAUACAAGCGGGUAUUUUAGGUGGAGUAUGGCCAUUAACUGUUAGUGCUACAGAAGUGCGAACAGCAGUAGAAAAAAUUCAUAUUGAAACUUAA